GUUCUGCCUAACAAUUAGGUCUCCUCCCCCACUCCCCCACCCCGGCUACGCCAAAGCAGGACUUCGGGGCCAGAUACCCUUUUCAAAAAGAUGGUCCGGUCCUGAAUGGUGCACUCCCUUGGCUGAAAUAAUCGUGCGCCUUCCAAAGGAUUUCGUGCUUUUGGGGCGCUCCUAAAAGGCAAAGGCUUUGAGGCCCGAAGCUAGUUAGUCAGGCUCUGAGCAGACCCGGAGCAGCGAGAUAAGAAUAGACCUAACUCAUCCUUUACUUUGGGAGCUUUCGCCGUGCUUCCAGCUGCUUCCAGCCAUUUAAAUCCCGAAAGCUCUGUAAUCCUCGCGGAGGCAGCCUUCCUGGCUCCCAGGACCCACCCCUUCCUCCUGAUUGGCGGGGCUCCUCCGGGGCCCAAGCCAGCCACCUACGACGUCUCUGAGACCCGAUUUGAAAUAAGAGCCAGGCGGUCCUCGCUUCCCGGAGCCCGACUUUUCAUAGGCUGGGGAAGAAAAGCUUGAGAAACUUGACAUUGUCUUGGGCAGAGUGCGUGUAGCAACAGAUCAAAGAAAAAGGAAGAAAACGUGCUCUUUGCUGCCUGUGGAUCUCACUGAGUUGCUUUUGUCUGGCGGGCUUCUGUUGGGUUUGCUGUUUCCCCUCUGAAGACCGCGGCGUGGGCUUCGAGGCAGCUCGCUCCCUGCCGGAUGGGUCAUGGAAUUCUAAACAUGAGGCAGAUAGCUGAUCAGCUUCCUUGGAUUUUGCUGAUGACCCAGGAGAGCUUCGCCUGAAGAUGGAAACACUGGAGUCGGAGCUGACUUGCCCUAUUUGUCUGGAGCUCUUUGAGGACCCUCUCCUACUGCCCUGUGCACACAGCCUCUGCUUCAGCUGCGCCCACCGCAUCCUGGUGUCGCACUGCGCUACCAACGAGUCUGUGGAGUCCAUCACCGCCUUCCAGUGCCCCACCUGCCGACAUGUUAUCACGCUCAGCCAGCGAGGUCUAGACGGACUCAAGCGCAACGUCACCCUGCAGAACAUCAUCGACAGGUUCCAGAAAGCCUCCGUGAGCGGGCCCAACUCCCCCAGCGAGACCCGCCGGGAGCGGGCAUUCGACGCCAACACCAUGACCUCCGCCGAGAAAGUUCUCUGCCAGUUCUGUGACCAGGAUCCUGCCCAGGACGCUGUGAAGACCUGUGUCACUUGUGAAGUGUCCUACUGUGAUGAGUGCCUGAAAGCCACUCACCCGAACAAGAAGCCCUUUACGGGCCAUCGUCUGAUUGAGCCAAUUCCGGACUCACACAUCCGGGGGCUGAUGUGCCUGGAGCACGAGGAUGAGAAGGUGAAUAUGUACUGUGUGACCGAUGACCAGUUAAUCUGUGCCUUGUGUAAACUGGUUGGGCGGCACCGAGAUCAUCAGGUGGCAGCUUUGAGCGAGCGCUAUGACAAAUUGAAGCAAAACUUAGAGAGUAACCUCACCAGCCUUAUCAAGAGGAACACGGAACUAGAGACCCUUUUGGCUAAACUCAUCCAAACCUGUCAGCAUGUGGAGGUCAAUGCAUCACGUCAAGAAGCCAAAUUGAUGGAGGAGUGUGAUCUUCUCAUUGAGAUCAUUCAGCAGAGACGACAGAUUAUUGGAACCAAGAUCAAAGAAGGGAAGGUGAUGAGGCUUCGCAAACUGGCUCAGCAGAUUGCAAACUGCAAGCAGUGCAUCGAGCGGUCGGCCUCCCUCAUCUCCCAGGCAGAGCACUCUCUGAAAGAGAACGAUCACGCGCGCUUCCUGCAGACGGCCAAGAGCAUCACCGAGAGAGUCUCCAUGGCGACUGCAUCCUCCCAGGUCCUAAUUCCUGAAAUCAACCUCAAUGACACAUUUGACACCUUUGCCUUAGAUUUUUCCCGAGAGAAGAAAUUGCUAGAAUGUCUGGAUUACCUUACAGCUCCCAACCCUCCUACAAUUAGAGAAGAGCUCUGCACCGCUUCCUACGACACCAUCACCGUUCACUGGACCUCCGAUGAUGAAUUCAGCGUGGUUUCCUAUGAGCUCCAGUACACCAUAUUCACCGGACAAGCCAAUGUUGUUAGUCUGUGUAACUCGGCCGACAGCUGGAUGAUCGUGCCCAACAUCAAGCAGAACCACUACACGGUCCACGGUCUGCAGAGUGGCACCAAGUACAUCUUCAUUGUCAAGGCCAUCAACCAGGCGGGCAGCCGCAGCAGUGAGCCUGGGAAGCUGAAGACAAACAGCCAGCCAUUUAAACUGGACCCCAAGUCUGCACAUCGAAAGCUGAAGGUGUCCCACGAUAACUUGACGGUAGAACGUGAUGAGUCAUCCUCCAAAAAGAGCCACACGCCCGAACGCUUCACCAGCCAAGGGAGCUAUGGCGUAGCUGGAAAUGUGUUCAUUGAUAGCGGUCGGCAUUACUGGGAAGUCGUCAUAAGUGGGAGCACAUGGUAUGCCAUUGGCCUUGCUUACAAAUCAGCCCCGAAGCACGAGUGGCUUGGGAAGAACUCUGCUUCCUGGGCGCUGUGCCGCUGUCACAACAAUUGGGUGGUGAGACACAACAGCAAGGAAACCCCCAUCGAGCCAGCCCCCCACCUCCGGCGCGUCGGCAUCCUGCUGGACUAUGACAAUGGUUCCAUCGCCUUCUACGAUGCUUUGAACUCCAUCCACCUCUACACCUUCGACAUCACCUUCUCGCAGCCUGUGUGCCCCACCUUCACAGUGUGGAACAAGUGCUUGACCAUUAUAACUGGCCUUCCCAUCCCAGACCAUCUGGACUGCACGGAGCAGCUACCGUGAGCACCUGGCCACGGGGAGCUGCUUUCCGGGGAAUACAAAGGGUCGUGGCCACCAUUUCAGGGACAGAGAAAGCACAGGCUUCCAGAGUGAUUAAAUGUCGCCAAAAAGUGUCCAGAAAUAUCAGCUAGGAUAGGACUCGAAAUAGGCGAUUCUCCCCUUUUACUGUCUUUUGUAUUAAGUACACGCUUUAAUAAUUUCUUCAAAUUUUUCCUGUAUUUGCAGGAAAAUUUAUAGAUUAUUUAUAAAAGAAACAUAACCGGAAUUACAACUCUUAGACAUUAUUUGAUUUUGCACAUUAAGAGGCCCAGAAGUUUACCAGCUCUUUUCAACAAACUUUGUGUCAUCACGGUCUGUGGGCUUGAGGAAAAAAAAAAUCUUUUAUAGUUUUGUAUGCUUAUUCACCUCCUCACAUCAUCGUAUCUCAUACUGAUCCCACCGUGGGUCCUGUUGCCUCGACAGUGCGUAACAGAAUAUGCAGUUACCUUAAAAAUAAAAAAUAGUUUCGAACCUGGUAGGGCAGCAAACGGGCUUUCUUAGUCUGCUUUAUUUUGAAGUGUUUUCAGUGUGAUGUCAAAACCGUCUUGGAUCAAGAGAGAGAUUGGAAAGAAUUAACUUGGGAAUCUGCCAUGGCCCAAUCUUUAAUCGCCCUCUGAUGGCUGGUGGGGUCACAUUGGACAGAAAGGUUCUGAAGCCUUUGGCCACGUGUGACCUCACCCUUCCCAGGAUUCAGGGUUCUGGGAGAACAUUAAGAAUGAGCUUGCCAUUAAAAAUAGUCACUUUGAAUCCUACUGAUGAUUCAAAACGUCAUAGGCUGAUUUGUCUUUGAUCGGCAGUAAGAUUCUUUUUCAUGACCUAAAUGUAUUUCGUUCUUCCUUUUAAUAGUUUCUUUAGGCCUGUGACAUCGCUUACUACAUUUAAUAGCUGUCCUGUCUCCCUCUCCCCCAAAUCAUUCUUCUUUUGUUGCUGGGGAUGAGGAAAUUAACGUUUUCUGUUACAAAUGGUAGUACCACUUUGAAUUUUCUUAGCUCUCCAGGACAUCAACAUGGGGCCCUGACUGUCUCUACCACGUCCAGAUAUGACUCACCCCCAAAUACUUAAUAUUUAUGAGUUGGUAAUGACAAGGGACGUUGCAUAAAGUACUCUUUACUAGUAUGUGUGCCUCCAAAGUUAUAAACAGACUUUUCUUAAACACAUCUCGAAAGAUGUAGAGGUCCCUCUGUAUUCUAGUAUAGUUCACCAUAGAAUUGUAAAACAAAAAACAAAAAAAAACAAAAAAAGAACAAAACAAAACAAAAAAAAAACCCAAAAAAAUCAAACUCACUAUUUCCAUGCUGGAACCCGCUCAUAGAACCUGCUAACAGAAUGUCAGGUGGGAUUCUGGGCCUGCUGAUCUGGUAAAAUGGAAUGGUCCAUGAAGCAAGGCUUUCAUAAGCAGCCCUUGGACUUGGACCGGGAAUCCAGCAUUGGUUCUAUCUUGACGAAGGGUGUGACAUCUGUAAGUCAUUUCAUCUACUAAAAUAUUUAUCUGAGCUACUGAGUUGGCCAUUUUGACUGAACGGACUGAUGGAUUUAGGCAUUGUUUUUAGCAAUUUUGUUUUUAACCAAAUCAACACAUUAUCUCCCUGAGAUCCGUCCAUAGACCCGCUGUUUCCGCACGGCGCUGUGUGAGCCCCAGCCUAGACCCAUGGGCUGCGUCACGCCUGCUUCUGUCCUCUUCACCCCCAGAAGCUCUCCUUUUUCUUAACAGAUAGAGUUUAUAUAUUUACUAUAUUAUUUAUACCCAGAUGAAUAUUUUGAUAGCUACUUAGGACAGUUCCACAUCUAAAAGAUGGACACCUCAAUGGAAAAAAGUUAAUCAUUCUCUGGAAACUUUUUUUUUUUUUUUUACGGUAUAAAAACAACGUGUAUUUGCCUUCCCUGAACGAACUGAAAGGGUUGUAAUUUUUACAUACUGUUUUUGGUAGCUGGAUAACGGAUAUUUUAAUGCACUUUGUACACUAACAGGUUUUAAAUAAAAGGGUCUAAAACUCAGCUUCUGAGUUUUUUAAAAUCAUGGUUGCCAGGUACCAGUAAACGCUACAGUUUGCCUUAUGAUGUUAAUGUAAAGCAUUUACAAGGACAAUAUUUCCAUGAAGAUAAUGUUUUUCAAUACAAAGAAGUUACUACUCGAAUUUUCACUGCAAGCCAUUUAGUUUUUGUUUUGGCUAUUUU